AUAUGUGUGUCUUUAAUAAUUUAUAUAACUGCAGUACAUAAUUUAGUAAAAUGAUUUUUGUGUGCUAUAUUUUUGUGUAUAUAUUUAUUUACAUAUAUUUUGUAUAAUGCACUUAUUGUUGAAAUACAUAUUUUCAGAUACACCAAUAGAUUUACACCACCAAGCAAAUUAUACAUCAAACUGGUUGCUGACCUAUCCACACGAGAAUUUGUACAACCUUGAAUAUGGUACCAUUCCUGCUCUGGAGAAUAGAUCAUCUGAGAUAAGAGCUUCAUCCUUGAAACAUGAAUUUACUGAUGGUUAUCCAAAGGAUAGUGGCAGUGAGGUGUACAGUAAUGCCACAGUAACAAGCAUUAUGGAUAAUAUUAGUUUUAUUGCUACAAGUGUUAGUCCUACUACAACUAUUAUGACUGCUAGACCUACAUUUGCUACUAAUACUGCUACAACUACUACAUCUCCUCCUACUGCUGCUACUACUACAACUACUAAUAAUGAUGAUGUUGAUUGUAGCAUUCUCAAUGGAAAUGACAAUUUACAAAAGCCUAAAAUACAGUAUGAGACCAUACAAUUAGGAAGAAGGAGAACCAACAUUCACAACCAUAAAAUCAAAUGGUAAGAUGUUACCAUGAAUCAAUUCUUUAAGAGAUCAAAACAAAUAUUU